AUGUGGCAUGGAAAGGGUUCGUGGAUUGCCUUGAUUCGUCGAUUUAUUAAGAGGCCUUCAGGCAAGCUGCUGCAUGCGAAUGGAGACAUCUAUGAGGGAGAUUUCUUGCAUGAUGCGAAGAAUGGUGAGGGCGUCAUGGUAGAAGCGAACGGUCGCAGGUACAAGGGAGAAUGGAAAGACAACGAGCCAUGUGGAAAGGGAAGCUACAUCUUUGUGAAUGGCGAUGAGUAUGAAGGGGAAGUCAGCAAUGGCAAGUUUCAGGGGAGCGGCAGGUACACUUGGAAAGACGGGCGAGUCUAUCAGGGAGAGUGGUACCAGUCAAAGAUGCACGGCAAAGGAUGCUUCAUGUAUGUGAAUGGCGAUUCCUAUGACGGCGACUGGUAUGAAGGUAACUGA